AUGUAUUUUUCACUUUAUAAUUUCUACCUUCUUCAUUCUCUUUUUUUUCUUUUCUUAAAAAUAUAUUGGUUUCUUCUGUCUCUUUUCAAUUUUUUCUCUUUUUUCUCUCUGGCUAGCUUUUGUUUCUUCUGUCUCUCUUUUGAUCUUUGUUUCUUCUGUCUCUCUUUUGAUGUAUUUUUUCAUCUAAUUCUCUUCCUUUUCUCUCCUAAUAUAUUCUCUUCUUCAAAAUAUAUAGUCACUCUUUUCAAUUUCUUUUCUCUCUCUCUCUGGCUAGCUUUGUUUCUUCUGUCUCUCUUUUUGAUUUCUCUCUUUCUCUUGCACUAUCUUUUGACUUUUAAAAACCUCUCAUUGGUUUCUUCUGUCUCUCUUUCACUUUAUAAUUUCUACCUUCUUCAUUCUCUUUUUCUCUUCUUAGAAAUAUAUAGUCACUCUUUUCAAUUUCUUUUCUCUCUCUCUCUAGCUUUUGUUUCUUCUCUUUGUUUCUUCUUUCCUUCUCUUUCUCUUGCACUAUCUUUUGACUUUUUUAAAAACCUCUCAUUGGUUUCUUCUGUCUCUCUUUCACUUUAUAAUUUCUACCUUCUUCAUUCUCUCUUUUCUCUUCUUAGAAAAUAUAGUCACUCUUUUCAAUUUCUUUUCUCUCUCUCUCUGGCUAGCUUUGUUUCUUCUGUCUCUUUGAUGUAUUUUCAUCUAAUUCUCUUCCUUUUCUCUCCUAAUAUAUUCUCUCUUCUUCAGUUCCUUCUCUUUCUCUUGCAAUUAUCUUUUGACUUUUUAAAAAACCUCUCAUUGGUUUCUUCUUCACUCUUUUCAAUUUCUUUUUCUCUCUCUCUCUGGCUAGCUUUUGUUUCUUCUGUCUCUCUUUUGAUGUAUUUUUCAUCUAAUUUCUUCCUUUUCUCUCCUAAUAUAUUCUCUCUUCUUCAGUUUCCUUCUCUUUCUCUUGCACUAUCUUUUGACUUUUUAAAAACCUCUCAUUGGUUUCUUCUGUCUCUCUUUCACUUUAUAAUUUCUACCUUCUUCAUUCUCUUUUUUUCUUCUUAG